CUCUCCAUUGCGGCGUACAUCUUUAUUCUUUCAAAAAUGUUCAGAGUCACCAACAAGAAAUUCUAUUCUACAGCCUCAUCGCUCUUGAAGACCCCCUUGCACGAAGCCCACAUUGAAUUGGGUGGUAAGAUGGUUCCCUACGCAGGGUUCGAGAUGCCUGUCUUGUACAAGGACCAAUCGCAUAUUGACUCUCACAAUUGGGUCAGAUCCAAAGUCGGUUUGUUUGACGUCAGCCACAUGUUACAACACAACUUUUCUGGGGUGGAUGCGAAAAACUUGCUUCAGAAGAUUACACCUAUCGACUUGAGCCAAUUGCCAGUCAACAGCUCGAGUUUGUCUGUGUUAUUGAAUGAAAAUGGAGGUGUAAUUGACGACUGUAUCAUCACCAAACACGGCGAAGAAAAGUACUAUAUGGUCACCAACGCUGGAUGUAGAGCUAAGGAUAUCAGCUUCAUCAAGAAGGAAGCCGAAAACUUUAGUGGUGUAACCCACGAAACGUUUGAAGGAACCUUGUUGGCUAUUCAGGGUCCAAAGGCUGUCGAAAUCUUGCAAAAGUUCACCAACGAGGACUUGUCCAAGAUCUACUUUGGACAGACCAAGUUUGUCAAGUUGGCUCCUAUCGAUGCCACCGUUCAUUUGGCUAGAUCUGGUUAUACUGGUGAGGACGGGUUCGAGUUGUCGAUUCCAUCGUUGACUGCCGAAGAAAGCAAGCAAUCUUUGGACUUUUUCUAUACAUUAAUUCGCGAAUAUCCAGAUGUUGUCAAGCCAAUUGGGUUGGCCGCUAGAGACUCGUUGAGAUUGGAAGCUGGUAUGUGUCUUUAUGGACACGAAUUGACCGAAGAAAUCACACCUAUCCAAGCUUCAUUGACCUGGUUGAUUCCAAAGACCCGUAGAGACCAAGGUGGGUUCAACGGUGCAUCCAAGAUCUUGAGCCAGAUCAACGACAAGAAGUUGGUCACAGCCAGAAGAAUCGGUGUUUCUUCCAAGGGUCCAUCACCAAGAGACGGCAACAAGAUUUUCACCGAAGACGGCUCCGAGCAAAUCGGUUACAUCACCUCUGGCUCUCCAUCUCCUACCUUGGGUGGAAACGUUGCCCAAGCCUACAUCGACAAGAAGGCCAAGAUCGGCAGCAAGAUCAAGAUCGAGAUCAGGGGCAAGUUGAGAGAAGGUACCGUGGCCAAGUUGCCAUUUGUGGCCAGCAACUUCUACAAGGCAUAGAUAGUAUUUAUUAAUGAAUGGAAGAAGGAUAG